GAUCCUCUUGUAUUAGUAGUUUGUGAUGAUCCCAAAAAACUUGAUAGUAGAGUUAAUUGUUAAAAAAAGUAAUUAAUAAAAAACCAGAAUCUACAACGAUGAAGGCUGCUAAACAUACUCUUAAUUUCAAAGCUCUUGAAUUGCAACUCACGGAAGAAUCUACAGCUCCACAUGUAAUAUAUUUGAAGGAACAUUCAGUCAGGGAACAUACGAAGGAUAAACCGCAAGGACGAACUUUAUUAGCAGUCAAUAUACCACCUUAUGUAGACGAGAAGGGCAUCAAAAACGCAUUUAGACAUGCUGGUCCCAUAGAGUCCGUCCAGUUCUUAUUAAAACCCUCCACUGCAGAAGUAAAGCCUAUGAAAAAGUUCCUACCAGACCCUGAAAAAACUACAUUUAAAACUGCAUACAUAGUCUUUGAAAAAGUAGCACAGCUAGACAAAGCAUUGAAGUUAUCAAAACUAGAACCCAUGAACUCUGAAAAUCAUACAUUAAAAAUAGGAUUAAAGAAAACGAUAGAUCAGUAUAACAAUGAUGUCCUACAACCUAAAGCUUUGAAAGAAAAAGUUGAAACAUUUAUGGAAAGCUAUGAUGAAUAUGUUAAAAAAGAGGAGACGAGGGAGAAAAAAUUUGAAGAAGAAGAUGACGAAGGAUGGGUGACAGUUACAAAACGGGGUAAGGUCCAAAGUUUUGCCAGAACAGAAAAAAUUGAAAACAAAAUCAAGGCAAAAGAGGAAAAGGGGAGAAAACGCAAAGAGUUAAAGAACUUUUACACCUUCCAAAUACGAGAAUCCAAAAUGAAGCACAUUGUGUCACUAAGACAAAAGUUUGAAGAAGACAAAAAAAAAAUUGCUCAGAUCAAGCAAAACCGUAGGUUCAAGCCAUUUUAA